AUGGGCCCAUCAAUUUCAAAUGACAAUCCUCACCAAGUCUACGAUGAAAUCAAUAAACGCGCAAUCACGGAAAAUGCCUUCCAGGAGAAGGCUGAGAUACAAGAAACUCACCAGUCCUUGACCAUUGAUUUUGAGGAGGACGACCCCGGAAACCCACUGAACUGGCCCAGAUCAAAGAAAUGGAUUAUGACAAUUGUUGUGUCUCUUUCAGUGUUUCUAAUGCCACUGUCUUCGUCAAUUGUCGCACCCGAGUUGAGCACCAUCAAAGGCGAACUGCACAUGAGCAGCUCACUAGAAGCAGUCCUGGUCCUCUCGAGCUUCGUCCUGACCUACUGUCUCGGCCCUUUGAUACUAGGCCCAUUGAGCGAGAUAUUUGGAAGAGCCACAGUCUUGCACUCGGGAAAUUCAUUCUACCUAAUCUUCAACCUGGUGUGUGGGUUCGCUCGGAAUAAAGGCGAACUACUCGCUUCUCGUCUGCUCAGUGGCGUUGGAGGCGCGGGUGGACUUGUUGUGGGCGCGGGUAUCAUCAGUGACUGCUUUUCCAAAGAAGAGCGCGGCUGGGUCAUUGCCAUCUACAAUCUCGGGCCUGUCUUUGGACCUUCUCUGGGAGCUGUCAUUGGUGGAUUUACUACUCAAUACACGACAUGGCGCUGGACGUUCUGGGCGACAUCUAUCUUCGACGGGGCUUUGAUCGUGGUUGGUUUGCUUGUUAUGGAGGAGACAUAUCCACCUGUCAUCCUCGCGAGGAGAAAGGCGAAGAUGCUGAAAACGGCCGUGACAAACACUCCUCUAUUGAAGACACCUUAUGAGAAACCAGACCAGAGUCUCGGCCAGUUAUACCGCAACUCUCUUCUCCGACCCCUGCAGCUCCUCAGAGUCCAGCCCAUCGUCCAGAUCCUAGCCAUCUUCUACGCCUAUCUAUACGGUCUAAUGUACCUGGUACUCUCGACCUUCACAACUCUCUGGGAAGAGAAAUACCACCAGCCCGUCGGUCCAGCUAGUCUGAACUACCUCGCGCUGGGAAUCGGAUAUUUUCUUGGUUCACAGAUAUGCGGAUUUCUCGCGGACCCAAUCUACAGAGCCCUGAAGAAGAAGCAUGGCGGAAAUGGCAAACCAGAAUUCAGAGCAGUUCUCAUGUUCCCCGCCUCGAUUCUCGCCCCGGUCGGCCUGCUGUGGUACGGAUGGGGAGCGCAGGCGGUCACGCAUUGGAUUGUGCCUGAUCUUGGAAUCGGGCUGUUUGCCUGCGCUGCGAUGAUUCUGUUCCAAUGUACCAGUGCAUAUCUGUAUGAAGCUUUUACUUUGUAUGCGGCUAGUGCGACGGGUGCUGUUUACAUUCUUCGUGGAUUGACGGGGUUUGGAUUUCCUCUUUUCGGACCGAGGAUGUAUCAGUCGUUGGGUUAUGGGUGGGGUUCUACUAUGCUUGCUCUUGUUGCUAUUAUUAUGGGAUGUCCGGUGCCUGUUGUUCUCUGGAGCUACCAAACGGAAAUCUACGGCAAGGGUGCCUUAAUGAGCAUCCUGCCCGGCGUAACAACCGACCCCAACAAGCUAGAGGAGCAAGCUCGACAAUUUCUGGGCGUUCGCGCAUUCAAUUAUGUCGCUGGCGGCGCAGGCGAGAAAGCGACGAUGGACAGCAACCGGCUGGCAUUCCGGCAGUGGAAGCUAAUCCCACGGAUGAUGCGAAAUACACCGGAGCAAGACGUCUCGGUCGAGCUCUUCGGUAAGAAAUACGAUAAUCCCAUUAUUGUAGCACCGGUCGGCGUACAAGGUAUUUUCCACGAAGACAAGGAGACAGGCCUUGCAGAAGUAUGCGAGGAAGUCGGAGUGCCAUAUACGAUGAGCACGGCGAGCACGAGCUCGAUUGAAGAUGUUGCGACCGCCAACAAGGACGGGAAGCGAUGGUAUCAGCUGUACUGGCCGAAGGAUAAUAAUAUUACGCUGUCGCUGCUAAAGCGGGCGAAGGAGAACGGGUUCUCGGUUCUUGUGGUUACCUUGGAUACCUGGUCGCUGGCGUGGCGACCGGCGGAUUUGGAUAACGCCUAUGUGCCCUUUAUCAAGGGGGUGGGGAACCAGGUUGGGUUCAGCGAUCCUGUUUUCCGCGCAAAGUUCGAGAAAGAAACUGGAUCGAAGGUUGAAGAGGAUAUCAUUGGUGCUUCGCGCGCGUGGAUCGGUGAUAUUUUCGCUGGGAGUCCGCAUUCGUGGGAGGAUUUGGCUUUCUUGCGGAAGAAUUGGGAUGGACCGAUUGUGUUGAAGGGAAUUCAGCACGUGGAGGAUGCGAAACUAGCGCUGAAAUAUGAGUGUGAUAGCAUUGUAGUAUCGAAUCAUGGUGGCCGUCAAGUGGAUGGUGCUAUCGGGUCUCUGGACGUUCUUCCAGAGAUAGUCGAUGCAGUCGGGGACAAGAUGACGGUACUUUUCGACUCUGGGAUUCGGACAGGUUCGGAUGUGAUUAAGGCACUGUGCUUAGGAGCCAAAGCAGUUCUCGUUGGUCGACCGGUGAUUUACGGACUGAGCAUUCAGGGCCGAGACGGGGCUAGACAGGUGCUCAAGGGUCUUUUGGCUGAUUUGUGGCAGAACAUGGGCCUAUCGGGUAUUCGGAGGGUGGAAGAUUGCGACCGGAGCACAUUCUUUGGCGGGGUAGCCCUGGAUGGCGCGCGAGCUACGACUUUGACCAGCUUAGAACUAAGCCGGGCUUUGGUCGAGGGGAUCUUGACGAGGGCAGGAAGAGAUGUCGCCAUUCGUAGUGGCGAUGAACACGGUAGGACAGAAGCCGAGUCUCUCCUCGAGCGAAGUUUGGCGACGCUCCACACGACCGUGACCUCGGCAUCUUUCUUCGCGGCAGCGACAUUUCAUUUCUCGUCCACCACCUUGUCUUCGGUUGCAAAUCUCUCACAGGCACUUCUGUCUACUCUGGAUGCCAUUCUUGGGUCCACCGAGUCUUCGAGGGCCAUUGCGGCUAUUAUCACGCUGAUUCGGCGUGAGUUUAGAUCCGUCGAGCCCGGCCCAAGUACUACCGAGAAUAUUGGUGUCGGAGACCUCCUCAUUGGCUCCCUAGGCUUCGCACUAUUGCAGCGUUGGGGCAGGAAGAAUACAGAAAGACAUCUGCGGCAGAAUGACGGGGAUGAAAUUGUUUGGGAUGUUGUCAUCCUAGACAACGGCGCACGAGCAGACGUGAUCGGAUCCCAUCAGCUGCAAUUCCCCGAGCGCAAUAAUGAAGAGCUGGUAGAGCCUGACAGUGCUUCCUUUGUGAUGCCUGGAAAUGGCGAGAAAGCAUUUGAUGUAAUUCGACGGUCGAGCGUGUCUGAUUCGGUUGGACAUCGUCUCUCUAUUCCGUUGGGUGGCCAGCAGCAAGUGUCCGACGAGGAUAUCCGCGCUUAUAUUAUGAGCCAACUUCCUCAGGGCUGUCACGCAUCUAUCAAGUCGGAAACUCUGACGGCGCGAACUAUCACAGUCGAUAUCUACGAUGAUAAUAUGGCAGAGAUCGCCGCCCCGCCUGGAACGAAACUGAUAGAGGAGAGAUUCCACCAUGAUCAUGAUUAUGAGGAUACCAAUACGUCCGAUUGUCAGCGACGGUGUCCCAAGCAUACAGUGGUGUUUAGGACAGCCUUCAACAAAUCCCAGAGCACUCAACUGCGAUCCCACGACGGCUCUGGAAAUUUUGCCCUACCUGAGUCUGAUCAUCAUAAACGAGCAUUGCCGGGAAGCUCAUUGACCAAUAGUCCAAUGAAGUCUCAUCAUGGUCCGUCACGUUCCCAUCUGGAUACCACGCAGAGCAUUGCCCCCAAGCCGCGUGGGACAACUCCCGCCUUGCCGAAUGAACAUCCCAAGUCUGCACUUACCAAAGGCUCAUUCGCGAAAUUUGCACAAAAGGUUAAGCCAGCUGUUCUUGAAAAAAAUGAGGCCAAACGGCCACAGGGAAAGAAGCCAUCUAUAGACUCAUCUGCGCCCUCGGGGAUUCCAAGUCUUCGUCUACCUCCCAAGCCUGCAAAAGGAACAGCGUCUGUGAAGGAAGCGACGGCGCGAGAGGUCUCUAGCAGACCUGAUCUCAAGAAGAGACAAACUGAACCUCUGAACUAUCGACCGACAACCCCUGUCCCGAACCGGGGUUUACGAAGGUCGCCCUUCCCAAACUCCCCCCAAAGACAAUCGUCAGAGUCGCCAACGAAACACGCCCUAUCUCACGAAAUGCACGCCUCUGGAGGCUCACGAGGGGGCCAUUUUACGGUGCGAGAGAACAGCCACGAGUCGCUCCUCACUCAAACCGACACAUUUCUUUCACGCCGUAGUGCCGGUAUGCGUUCUGGAUCGCCUGCCGCGGUCCAGACUCACGUUCGCAGCAGCAGCUCUAUGUCCAUAACAAGAUCAGAAGCAGACGGGACUUUAUCUGCGAAUGAUAACCGCCCCGGAUCGUCAGCUAUGCACCGCAGAUCCCAAUCAUACACCCCCAGCCUGUACUCCCUAGCGACUGCAGGGUCUGAGACGUCACUGCUGCUUGCGCACCGGCCUCGCAAAAGUGCAUAUGAAGACAUGAAAACCAUACAGGCACUCAAUCGCGAUGGCUUUGUUCCAGGUAUAUUUCCAGAGAGACACUUCGUGCAAAACAUUCGCCGGUUCUCCCGGUUCUCCUCUGCCUCAUAUGGCUCGAAUGCGCUCACGGUCAUGGGUGUUCCUAGUGGCUCGAAGAAUAUACCUAGUACCAAGUCAGACAGCCACGAGCAUAGUGCAUUCUCAGAGAAUGCAGGCCUUCCACCCUCUACGAUCCUCCUAUCUUCAUUCGUCGAUCCAGCCGGUGGCUCGAAUGCAGCUGGUGAGACAGAGACAGGCUUUCCAUUGGUCCACUAUCUUUCUAUCGACCAUGACUCCAAAGCCGUGGUUCUGACUUUACGAGGAACAUGGGGCUUCGAGGACAUCCUCACAGACAUGACCUGCGAUUACGAUGACCUCGAAUGGCAGGGCAAAAGCUGGAAGGUGCAUAAAGGCAUGCACAGCUCAGCCAAGCGGCUCCUAGAGGGUGGCGGUGGCCGAGUCAUGAUCACCCUCCGUGCGGCACUAGAAGAAUUCCAAGAUUACGGUAUAGUUCUAUGCGGGCACUCGCUCGGUGGAGGAGUUGCAGCCCUUCUCGCAACGAUGAUUUCAGAACCCAACCCCUCCACAACAGGCACAUCCUUCGUAACAGCCUCAUACCAACCCGCUGCCCGUCCCCGCCUCUUGACCGCCGAUAGCAAUCCCAGCAUCCCGAACCCCAGCCUACCAACCUACACCAUCCCAGCAAACCGGCCAAUCCAUGUCUAUGCCUAUGGUCCCCCAGCCGUGAUGUCCCCCUUCCUCCGGCUUGCCACGCGAGGCCUAAUAACAACAAUCGUCAAUGGCUCCGACAUAGUCCCCAGCCUGUCGCUAGGCAUCCUGCACGACAUGCACACAGCGUCACUAUCCUUCAAAGACGAUGCCACAGGCGCCAAAGCGCACAUCCGCCAACGGGUCAGCGAUUCCCUCCGCCAAAGCAUCAUACACAAAUUCUACGUCAACCAGCCUCCGCUGGUCGUCAACGCGGGCGAUGGCGUGGGUGAAGACGCCUGGGCUUGGAAAACGCUAAAACUACUCCGGGAUGAGAUGCGUGCGCCGAAACUCAUGCCGCCCGGUGAGGUUUUUGUCGUUGAGACGAUGCGAGUUCUGCAGCGGGAUGCGUUUACGGCGCCGGAGCUCGGCGUCGAUGGGUAUCCGCGUCUUGGGAGGCCUGCGACUCGCGUGCAGAUUCGGUUUAUUCGAGAUGUUGAUACUUGGUUUGGUGAGUUGCGCUUUGCUGGUGGCAUGUUGAGUGAUCAUAAUCCUGCUCGGUAUGAGACUAGUCUUGCUGCGUUGGUGAGGGGAGUUUUGGAUGAGUAG